AUGGCUUCCCAGCAGAAUGGCGAUUCCAACGGCACUGCCAACACCUUCACUCUGAAGGCCGGUUUGGCUCAGAUGUUGAAGGGUGGCGUGAUCAUGGAUGUUGUCAACGCGGAACAGGCUCGCAUUGCUGAAGAGGCUGGUGCCGCCGCUGUCAUGGCCCUCGAGCGUGUCCCCGCAGACAUUAGAGCUACGGGUGGCGUGGCUCGCAUGUCCGAUCCCGGCAUGAUCAAGGAGAUUCAGAAGGCCGUUACCAUCCCCGUCAUGGCCAAGGCUCGUAUUGGACACUUCGUUGAGUGCCAGAUCCUCGAAGCCAUUGGCGUUGACUACAUUGACGAGUCGGAAGUCCUGACCCCCGCCGACGACGUCUACCACGUCACCAAGCACAACUUCAAGGUUCCCUUCGUCUGUGGCUGCCGUAACUUGGGUGAGGCCCUUCGCCGUAUCUCGGAGGGUGCUGCCAUGAUCCGCACCAAGGGUGAGGCCGGUACCGGAGACGUCGUAGAAGCUGUCAAGCACAUGCGCCAGGUCAGCUCGGACAUCGCCCGUGCCCGUGCUAUCUACCAGUCCUCUGCCGACUACGAGCCCGAGCUGCGCCAGUUUGCCCGCCAGCUGGAGGUUCCCUACGAGUUGCUUCGUGAGACGGCCGAGAAGGGCCGUCUGCCCGUGGUGAACUUCGCUGCCGGUGGCGUUGCUACCCCUGCCGAUGCGGCGCUCAUGAUGCAGCUGGGCUGCGAUGGUGUGUUUGUUGGUUCCGGUAUCUUCAAGUCCGGCGAUGCGAAGGCACGCGCCAAGGCCAUCGUGCAGGCCGUCACUCACUUCCGCGACCCUAAGGUUCUCGCCGAGGUGAGCGAGGGUCUGGGUGAGGCCAUGGUGGGCAUCAACGUGGCGCAGAUGUCCGAGGCCGACAAGCUGGCCAAGCGGGGAUGGUAA